GGUAUACUGGACAUGAUCGUGCUGAGCCGGACUGAGGGCAAGAAGGAGCUGACCAUCCACGCCCUGAAGAACAACUUUGAGGCAGACGCUUACUUCGUCAAAGUGAUCGUGCUCAGUGGGCUCUGCUCUAAUGACUGUCCUGAGAAAGUGAAGCCGUUCGGCGUGAAUCAGCCUGGCCCGUAUGUCAUGUACACCUCGGUGGACUCUAAUGGCUACCUGAAGAACGCCUCCGCUGGUCAGUUGAGUCAGUCCGCCCAUCUCUCUCUCCAGCUGCCCUACACUGUGCUCGGACUGGGCCGGAGCGCCAACUUUCUGGAUCAUCUUUUCGUGGGCAUACCCAGACCACCUGGAGUAAAGGACAUGAGGAAACAGGAAUGGACCGCAAUCAUUCCCAACUCCCAGCUCAUCGUCAUUCCGUAUCCAAACUACGAUCCACGCAGCUGGAGUGCUAAGCUGUACUUGACCCCCAGUAAUAUCGUUCUGCUGACGGCCAUCGCUCUGAUUGGUGUGUGUGUCUUCAUCCUGGUCAUUAUCGGAAUCCUUCACUGGCAGGAAAAGAAAGCAGACGACAGAGAGAAACGACAAGAGGCCCAUCGCUUCCACUUCGACGCCAUGUGAGGAACCAGAGAGCAUCACUGGAGAGGCUGAGAAGACCCACCAUAACGCGUUCAUCUCACUGGAGAGUUUAUUUAAUAACUUAUUUCUUGAUUUGCCCCACUGGAGAGUAUUUAUGUCUUUAUUUCAACUGAAUGUGCUAUUAUUUAUGACCAAGACGCCCUGUGAGGUGUGGAUAUUCCCCUGUUGUCGCUCUGAUGUCCAGAGAAACUGGUUUUCUGUUUUAUUUUGUGAUGGAUGAAUGUUUACUUGAACAUGAGAACGUAAUGGUAUAUUCUCAGAGGCGAAGUGUUGAUUUCCCGAAAGUAAUGAAACAUUUCAGUGCCAUUUUUGUUGGUCUCGUUUGGUAUAAAGUUGUAUUUCUUUCUCUUUGGCUUCUCUCUGAGGCAGGAGACAAAAACUAGGACCAGUUAUGGGAUAUUUUUCUCACUUUUUAAUAUUUUCGACAUGGU